ACUCUUUCCUUCUUCUUUUCUCAAAAUAACAAAAAUAAACAAAAAUCGUCACUGGAAACAUCGUUGAAUGUAAACGCUGACUUACAUCCUACCCUAAUUAUCAUUUCUUUGAAUUGUCUCAGUUUUUGUACGUUUUCGUUAUAAAAAAUUUAAUUAAAACGCAAACAUUCUUUACAAAAAUUUUCACAUUGAAUUUUUGCACUCUCCAUUGUUAUUUUCCUUUUAAUCAACGGUGUUUUUCAACACGACAAGAAAGCGUUUUUCUUAUGACGCUUUCUUGUCUUGUCGCUUUGAGGUCGGUGUGGGUAAGCCUUUAGGGCUAGACACUUAAGAAUUUUAACGCGAGAUUUUUUCGAUAUUGUGAGGUUCACAGAUUUAACCCGCGACUCAUUUUUAUACCUAGACGUUUCAUGCGAGACGUUUUUCGAUUUACAUAAUAGUAAAAGAAUAAGAAAUAUCGAAAAGAUGAAAAAACAAAUUGGCCUUGUCAGUCGCGGGUAAAAUCAGUGCGACUCACAAUAUCGAAAAAAGUCUCGCGUUAAGUAUUUAGUGUAAAAGAGAAUAUAUAAUGUUAGGUCUGUUUAAGUACUAAACAAACAACAAAUUUCAGCCCACAGUAAAAGCAGAAUAUCUACUCAAACAGAAAAUCUACCUCCAAAAGACAGCGGGUAAUAAUAAAUAUCCUGAGAAAAAUUGUUUCAUGUGUAGACGGGGUGUAAUGCAAAAAAACCGCGUUUUAUUUGAUCACAUUGAAAGCGUUGCUUUGCGUUGCAUUUAUGUUCGCUAUAUCAGUGUUACCUCUGUUAAGAAAAAAGUGUUAAAAUCAAACAGAAACUUAACAUUCGUGGAAAUAAUGAAUUAUUGAAUCCAAGUAAUUGUUUAAGUGACAAAAUGUUGCUAAGUAAACGGUAUUUAAAAAAAAAAAAAACAAAUCAUUUCGAUAAAACAUGUUCGUAAGUAUAAUGUUUGUUCGAAGUCCACUUUAAAUUAUAGAUAUAACUUCAUUGGCCACUUUUUGCAAAAAGUGCAAAAGUAAAAAUAUUUUUCUCUUACUAGCUCCACCCACCGUUUUUUCGCGUGCAAAAAGUGCAUAAAUUGCUUUAAAACUUAAAAUGAAAGGUUUUCAACACAUUUUUUAAGUUUUAAUAAGUUUCAUUAAAAUAAAUAUACAUAUAUUAAUUCCAAAGGUAUAUUUUAAGAAAAGUUUCAUUACAUUUUAAAAAUUUCUACACGGCAACACUUUUUUUCAAACUCAUCGGUCAUCGCAUCAAUUCUAUCGCACAUGCGCAGUAAGUGUGUGUGUCGAACGAAAACGGUAAAAUUGUUGCGUUGAGUUUUCAGUCUGGCUGGUUCUUGGAUAAAGUAAGGAAGCAAAAGCAAGUUAGUUCGUGUUGGAUACAUUUUGAUAUAAAGGUGGUGAGUACCUAUUUUAUUAUUUAAAGUUUGCAUAGUUAUUAUUUGUGUUUUUAUGAUCAAUAUAAGCAUAAUUACUGUCUAAAAACAUAAUUUUCUUAUGAUUACAGCCAAAGAUCAAUUUUAAAUCGAAGUCCACAUUAAAUUAAAUAUAUAUUAAUUCCAAAGGCUGGCUCUGGGAUAAAUUAAGGAAGCAAAAGCAAAUAACUUUGUAUUGGAUACAUUUUGAUUGUUGAGAAAAUGAUUCUUUUCAUUACUGCUGUAUAUAAAGGGUUAUCAUCAAUAAUAAAAGUCCAAGGACAAUCUAGUUUAUUAACAUACUUAGAGUUGGCCAAAGCUGUCAAAGAUCAAUUUAAAAUCAUCGGAAAUAUUAAAUUUUACGAUGCAAAAGCUAACGUUUUUAUUUGUGAUGAGGACGUAGUUGAGUAUGCAAUCCAGUUUAAAUCUUCUCCAAGCUGGACCUUAGGAGUGCUAGACGAUGGCGUUCUUGAAAUUCCAGGUUCCCAAGGAAGUUCCCUAUCAAUACGUGACAGUGAUACUACUGUAGCAAAUUCAUCUUCUAUAAGUGACAUUAGUGUAACACCAUCGCCACCACCGAAACAUCCUUCAGAAAUAAUACUUCAAGAAUAAGUGACGUGCAAGAAUACGUUAUAACUAAAAUCAAUGCUCAGGUUCCCAAGGAAGUUCCCUAUUAAUACGUGACAGUGAUACGAGUGCAGAAAAUUAAAGACUCUUAAGGAACCCGGCAUCGAGAAUAUACAAAUAAUUCCUAAAAAUAUAACAUCCUCCAGUAACAAUACAACUCCUCAAGAAGAAACAUCCUUCAGAAAUAAUACUUCAAGAAUAAGUGACGUGCAAGAAUACGUUAUAACUAAAAUCAAUGCUCAGGUAAAAACAUUGAAAUAACUAACUGAAUUUUUCAUUUUACAAAAUAUAUAGGGGCCCUUCUAUGUAACUCUGUUCUACUUUCGGAUCUGUUUAGAAGCUACUUUCGAUUUAAAUUUUUAUCCAAACUACAUAAUGUAUCUGAAUCUUGCGAAUACAUUAUAAAAAUAAAAAUUUGAACACUUAUUGUAGAAUCGAAUUACAUAGUUGGGCCCCCGGACAUAAAUACUUUAAAAAUAUUCUUUUUUAUUAAAAUACAUUCCAAUCCCACUACUUAAAUUCUAUAUUAAAAUUCAAUAAAUUAAUUAUUUCGCUUGUCUAUGUUUUGAACUGUUAACUUUAAGUAAAUUUUGUUAAGCUUGUAAAUUAAUACAUAUAUAUUUAUUGUUUAAAUAAAAAAAGAGAUACAAAUGAAAUUUUAUCUAUAUUUUUGAAUGGAAAAUGCGUAAAUCUGAGAAUUAGAAUUUUGGAGUUAUUUUGAAACUGUUGUACGUUUGUGUCACACUAUUAUCGCGUUUGGGAACAUCGAAUCUGCUUUUUGGGGUAGACAAAAUACACGUUCACAGAAAACGUAUUGCGUAAAAAAAUCCAAAACUAAACAAAUCAAACACCAAUUUUCUGAAAUACAAAUGUAUUAAUCGUUUGUUAAAGCAAUAAGUUUAUU